GCAAUCGCACCGAAUCCUUCCUGCUUUCUGGCUUCUUGCUUCUAGCUUCUGGCCUCUGGCUUCUUGCUUCUUGAUGCAUGCUGUACCGAACAUGAGCAAAUAAUGUCUUCCCCCCGUAUCUACUCCUCCUGCACGUGGCGGUUGUAAAUUCCCCAUGGUCUCGUGUCCCACACCCAAAGCUGAGGCCCUCGCCGACGAGGUUUUCCUCGAAAAUUCCUCAAGGCCAAGACAAUGUCAUACGUCGCGGCCGUCGUCUUGUUUAUCUUCUUGUUAGCCGCAAGUGCCCUUCCCGACUACUCAUGUGUCUGCGAGAAAGCCAACAUCAACGCCUGUUCGAGAUCCUAUUCAUGCCGCCUGAAUUCCUCCAUCUCGUUCGACUCUCCCCCAAUCCCUGAAUGGGUGACCGACAAGGAGAAGGCUCUAUUUGCGGACACGAUAACCCAAGCCAAAAACGGCUCGCUACGUCCGCCGGUAUUUGACUUGGGCCAGCUUACUUGGCAGUCCAAACUUGCCUGCGAUUACAAUAAUGGGAAGAAGUGGUAUCAGACGACAAAUGGCUGCCAAUCAUCCAACAAGACUGGGAAACCGAGCAGGCAUCAUGGCUGGGCGAGUCUGGGAUUUCAUCCGCUUGGUACCGCCUCUGGCACUUGGCUCACCCAGAUUCUGGGCGAGAUCGACAACCCCGAUGGGGACGAACGGUUUAUGAACGCCAGCUGUGCCUCCACCGGCCUCUUCAUCAAUCUCACCUACAUCAACGCCACUCCGCCUUACGACCCGCGGUUCUCGCCGGCAGCAUCCUGGGGCUUUUUGUACAGAUCUAACACGUACGCUAUGGGAAGUGACGGUGUUCCCAGUUAUCGAACCGAUCAAGACCUGAUAGCCAACGGAGUGGACAUCAACUGUACCGGAUUUGGUCAAACGGGUCAGCCCUGCGAAUCGCCCCACUGCCUUGAGCCUCCAAAUUUCGCCCAUUACGACUGUCCGGCCACCAACUCCGGGUCUGUCGGCAGCGGGAAUUGUUGGCGGAGCUACCAGCAAGACAGUUCCGUCGGCCGUACUGGGCUAUACUGGGGCCUCAUCGUUUCUGCGGCGUUGUGCUGCGGCUUCCUAUACGUUUGAACCUCGGUUAUCUGGUGCACCAUCGCCUACAUACAGUGUCCCCGACAAACCCGACGAUACCGAAGUCCGAGUUUGCGCUCGAUUGAUAGCGGAGACUCGAUGAUGAAGCUCGAUCCCUACCCCUUUUGUGCCGGUCGCUGUGAUACCUGUGUCGGGUUCUUGCAUAAAACCCGAGGGCGUCUGGGACCGAACACACGGGUU